UUCUAUUAGACGAAAAAACUCAAAUGCAUUUAACGCUUGAAAUCCUACAGAUCAACGGAAUUUUAGCGGUUUGUAUGGCCGCUAGCUUUUUUAUCUCUCUGGUAUCAUGCAAUAUGCAGCGAGUGCGACACUGAUGGAUUCGCCAAUGAUGAGACAGACAGAUGUUAAGGGCGGAUCUUACGGCGUGCGCUGCAGUUAGAUCCGCAGCACGCGCAGCGAGACUGGGCUAGAAUCGAAUCCCGAGUUCUCUCGUCCCCACGCAAGCUUGGCACGUACGUCGGACAGGCUAUUCUGUUCUCUUCGAACGACCCCCUUCCCUUAUCCAGGAUUUCUGUCCUUCUUUGGCCGACGGAUACGUGAUAAAGAGACCACCGACAUCGCAACGGCAUGGAAUUGAACACAUCUGUCAUCAGAAGGGGAAUCUGACAACUUACCAUUUCCUCGUUUGCGAGAAAUUAUUCGUAUUUUCUGCGUUCAAGGUUGCAUUUCCAGCAGAAAAUAACUGAUGACUGCGGUCACUCCAUCGCUAAGGACGCUCUAAAAAAUAAAAAUAAAAACACGGACAACUUGUCCAUCUUUUCAUUUGAAAGUAGGCCAUUUAUGUUUUCCCAGUAACUUGAUAAGGAAAGGGGCAAAAGAAAAGGAAGGAGCAGCAUUGCAAACCGCAAAUAUUUGUCUGUUUGUGGAGAGGUGCCGUGUCUUCAAGCAUGGGGUAUUUGGAGAAUGUUUAUCUUGCCGUAAAAAAAGUGAGAGAGCAAUCAUUUUCCUUCUAGAUUGGAAAAAAAAACAUUAUUACGGAAUUCUGUGCUUGGCUCUUUUGAAGCGUAGAAACGAAAGCACCUUGCUGCGGGGAAGUCGCCGUUGAUUUGGUGUUGGUGCUCAACAUACCCACUAUCAACCACACAAUGAAAGGAGGAAGAAAGUGGUUUACCAGCCAAGAAUAUGUUUGGCUGUGCAGCUCUUGAAUCAUGUUCACAGGACGGCUAAAGCGCAGCAAGAGUCCAUCCCCUUAUUCCGAUGUUCAUUAUCACAACAAGGGACAUCCAAUCAAGCACAUAUCUCAUCGAUUCCAACCACGGAUUGUGUAACGCAUUUAGAGAAAAUAGCUGCUGGGCGUUUGAGGGACAGUUGCGCCCAUCAGCUCAAAUUUUACCCAGCCUGUUCUCUGGAACGGAAUUAAAUAUUCGCGUUUUCGUUUGCAGCUGGAAAUUGUUCGGAGCCAUACUAUAUGGCAAUAGCUCACAGCAACAUGCAAAUCAUGCCCUGUUGGUUUAUUUUUUAAACAAUCCGUGUUGUUAAUUCGAGGAAGUGAUUCCGCAUAGGUAGUCAAUUCUGUUAAUAGUAUAUCGAUUAAGAAAGGGGAAUCUGCUCUACUGUUUUAUGCAUCUCCGUCCUUUUUUCGUGAAAUGAUGUUAUCGGCUAAGGUGAAGCUGCCCUAAUAUCCUGUUCUUGUUGUGUCCCAAACAUGGAUAUAUUACCACAAUAUUAAUUACAACUCGAUUAUAGACAGUUCUGUGCAUCGCCAUCACACAAGAGCAAUCAUUGGCAUACACAUCGCCCAGCUCAGAUUUAGCGAUGAUACGUUGCGGCAGGAAGGAACACGCAAUGUGCCCACAUGACGCUGUUUUCUAACCGUUCGAGCUGCAAGGAGUUAAUGUGACAGCGCUUGAUGUUUUCCCGUUUGCAGACUUUGAGUGACGCGAUCGUCUCGUUUUCCUCUAAGCUUGCCUGUUGCAGCUCCCAGCACGGAGUGUGGAUCGCGUUUAGGAGGGGUUUUCCGCCGUACUACUGGUCCACUGUGAUAUCCUCGUCGAGACGGAGCGAGAAAUUCGCUCCCGAGUCAGAUCUGCCUUUUUCGUCAGUUGGACUUUUUUGUUUGAAAACUGCCGAUCUAUGUCUGCCUCCUCGAAGAGCCCCAGGUGUCGUGUAUGAAAGCGCCGCAACCAAAGGGGAGCGUAGCAGCUCGGAAUUUCUGAGGCUCGAAGCAACUCUUCGGAGAUCCCAAAACGAACAUGCCAAGGAGGAAACAGCAAGCGCCCCGGCGCGCGGCAGCGUAUGUCCCUGAGGAACUAAAGGAUGCUGCCUUGCUGGACGGAGGCGUGGAAGAGACCGACAUUGUGAUGGAGGAGGAGCCUCCAGCCAAGUACAGGUGUUCAGAGGAGGACUUGCCGGGCAGAGACCCUGCGUGCCUCCGGGACUCCCCCAUGGGCGGGCUCUCCAGCCGCGAGAUGGACAGCGAGUCGCACCUCAGCGAGUCCAGCGACCGGAUGUCCGACUUCGAGAGCGCCUCCGUCAAAAACGAGGAGGCGGUCAAAGGGCCUCCGGUAACUCCGCCGACCAAGACGGCGGCCGGCGAUGAGGCGUCCGCCGGACCGGACAGCCUGGACCGCAUGAGGGCCAUCUACACCAGCUUCCUGACCAACUCCUACUGGUCGUCCCUCAGCCUGAACCUGGCCCAGGCGGAGGUGGAGAAGUCCCAGCAGAGCAGCAGCAGCAGUAGCAGCAGCAGCAGUAGUAGCUGCAGCAGCGGCGGCGGCGGCGGUGGCGGCGGCGGCGGCGGCGGCUACGACUGGCACCAGUCCGCCGUCGCCAAGAGCCUGCAGCAGGCCUCCCAGAGCAACCGGCUGUCCCCGGAGCCCGGCCUCUUCAGCACCGCGCAGGUUCAGCCGCAGAAACCCAAGCUGUUCGGCUCCGUCUUCACCGGGGCCAGCAGGUUCCGCUGCAAGGACUGCAGCGGCGCCUACGACACCUUGGUCGAGCUGACCGUUCACAUGAACGAGACCGGCCACUACCGGGACGACAACCACGGGAAGGACGAGAAGGGCGCCAGGCGGUGGUCCAAACCGCGCAAGCGCUCUCUCAUGGAGAUGGAGGGUCAGGAGGACGCCCAGCGGGUCCUGAAGUGCAUGUACUGCGGACAUUCCUUCGAGUCUCUGCAGGACCUGAGCGUCCACAUGAUCAAGACCAAACAUUACCAGAAAGUGCCUCUCAAGGAGCCUAUGAACCCCGUGGCUACCAAAUUAAUGUCCUCCAUCCGGAAAAGGAGCCCUGCUGAGCUGGAGCUCCCCAGCUCCCCGGAAUCACCCGCAGGGACCCCUAAACCCCACCUGAUGGACACCAGUGGCAUUCUGCAGAAGGCCACCCACCAGUACGUUACCUCCAGAAACCGACAGGGGCACCAGAACGGCACCAGCUACGCCUGGCAGUUUGAGUCGCGGAAGUCGCAGAUCCUCAAGUGCAUGGAGUGCGGGAGCUCGUACAACAACCUGCAGGAGCUGACCGCGCACAUGAUGGUGACGGGCCACUUCAUGAAGGUCACCAGCUCCUCCGCCAAGAGGGGCAAGCAGCUCGCCGAGUCCCUGGCCGCGCCCUUCCUGUCCGCCCUGGCCGAGGAGAAGUUCCAGUCCGUUCCGCUGGCCGCGACCGCGUUCCCCGCCCCGCCCGCGGUGUCAUCCUCGAGCGUCUCCCCCAAGCUCUGUGUGGAGAUCAAGGAGGAGGAGAAAGAGAGGUCUUGCUCCGCGGAGGCGGGUGACAAAGACGCCAAGGCGCCCGUCAUAGAGGAGGAGAACAAGGACGACGUGAAAGCCAACGUUUCCAAAUACCACUACCUGACUGAGGAUGACCUGAAGGACAGUCCGAAAGGGGGGCUCGACAUCCUCAAAUCUCUGGAGAACACUGUAACGUCGGCCAUCAACAAAGCGCAGAAUGGCAGUCCUAGUUGGGGAGGGUACCCCAGCAUCCACGCCGCCUACCAGCUCCCGAACAUUGUGAAGCUCUCUUUGGCUUCCUCUGAGAAAAGCUCUCCUUUGAAAUACAUGUUUGCGGGAGAAUCUCUGUCCCCUAAUAAAGGCCAAGUGCUUGUCCCUCCCACCGGCUCGCCUCUGCCCCAAAACAACUUCCAUGCAAUGGAGGAGCUCGUCAAGAAGGUCACGGAGAAAGUGGCCAAGGUGGAGGAGAAGAUGAAGAACCACCGGGCCAAAGCCUCGCCGCACAGGCGGGCGACGCCCUCUCCUUGUAGCAGCGACACGGGCGGCUCCUCCAGGAGGAACUCCCCCAAAGACAGGAGAACGGAAACCCCGGAGACGAACAGCGUCAAUCACAAAAACUGCAACGGCAAUAGCCUGGCGAAGGAGUCGCUUGAGAACGGGACGGACUCCGCGAAAAAAAUGCCCUCCUCUGCUCUCUGCGGGAGCACUGCCAUUAUCACCGACCACCCGCCCGAGCAGCCCUUCAUUAACCCCUUAAGUGCGCUUCAGUCCAUCAUGAACGUCCACCUGGGCAAAGCUGCCAAGCCGGCGUUGCCGACUAUGGACCCCAUGAGCAUGCUGUUCAAAAUGAGCAACAGCCUGGCUGAGAAGGCCGCCGUGGCCACCCCGCCGGUCCAGUCCAAAAAGAAAGAGCAGGCGGGACGCCGUUUCUAUCAGGCCGAUGAGGAUCAGCCCAUAGACCUGACCAAAGGCAAGCGCGAUAAAAGCUGUUCUCCCGGUUCCGCUCUGCCGCUGCCGACGUGCACGUCGUCCUCGAUUUCCUUUUCCCCUUCGUCCACCGUGACCAUGUCAAAGACGUCCUUGGCGACGCCGUUCAUCUCAAACUCGCCCGUGCGCGAGAACGCCUUGUCGGACAUCUCGGACAUGCUGAGGAACCUGACGGAGGGCCACAUGCCCAAAUCCUCCACGCCCGUCAGCUUGUCGGAGCAGCCGGACCUAGAGGGCAUGACCUUCGAGGAGGCCGAAGAGGCCUCCCCAGCCCAGAAACGGAAGGGCCGGCAGUCCAACUGGAAGCCCCAGCACCUGCUGCUCCUCCAGGCCCAGUUCACCUCCAGCUUGCGGAAGGGACCGGACGGGAAGUACGUCAUGUCCGACCUCACCCCCCAGGAGCGGAUGUACACCUCCCGCUUCACCGGCCUCUCCAUGACGACCAUCAGCCACUGGCUGGCCAACGUGAAGUACCAGCUGAGGAGAACUGGCGGGACCAAGUUCCUGAAGAACCUGGACUCGUGCAGCCCCGUGUUCUUCUGCAGCGACUGCGCCUCGCAGGUUCGGGCUCCCUCCGCCUACGUCACGCACCUGGAGUCUCACCUGGGCUUCAGGCUGCGGGACCUGGCCAAGCUGUCGACCGAGCAGCUCGGCAGCCGGGCCGCUCGGCACACCAGAGGCCUGUCGGACAAGCCGCUCCUUGCCCCCUCCCCGUCCCCCUCUCCCUCCCCCAGCCCCUCCCCCUCCCUGGAGGAGGAGGGGAACGGCACCCCCUAUCAGUGCAAGCUCUGCGACCGGACUUUUGGAAGUAAGCACGCCGUCAAGCUCCACCUCAGCAAGACCCACGGGAAGUCUCCAGAGGACCACCUCCUCUACGUGUGUGAGCUGGAGAAGCAGUAAUGCUGGCCCAGGACAUGACCUGCACUGCUUCUAGCCUUCAAGCUGAUGGCUUUUUAAAAAAAAAAAAAAUGAAAGAAAAACUGCACAAGAUGCCGUUAAAAACUACUGUUUAGAUUUUGCACACAGUUUAACUUUUGAGGAGACUUACUCUGGCCCAAAACCUUUUCUUUUUUGUCUGUUUUUGGCUAUUGUUUUCAAAGAUUUAUUUUCUAAUUGUACAGUGUUGAAUAGGGGAGAUGCUGCAUUAUUAGCCGUUGUUACUGCUAAAAGUAUGAAGGGUUAACAAAAAAAAAAAACACCACCAUUUCAAACGAAGUGGCGUAUGUUUGGAAUUUGUGUCGAUUGCUUUCCUGUUGUUUCAUUGCAUCUCCGAGAUGCGUAGAAGAUGCAUGCGUUUAUGGGCUGUUUAGUUAAGCUUUUUAUGACUAAAUGCGGUCCACUUUUUCUUUAUCAAAAUGUGACCUGUAUGCUGGGAUCAGCAUCUGGCAUUUAACCCUCUGAGUACGGUCAAACUCUUCUUCAAGACUCAAAACCAACAUUUAGGGGACAUGUUAUAAGAGAAAUAUUGGCCAAAUGGAUUUAUCUAAAAGAGACACUUCUGGCUGUUACAGUAUGUCCAACAGUUGCAAAGUCAUUCACGAGAUUUAUGUCCUGCAAAGAGGUCUAAGUCAAAAUCUGAAAGCAUCUUUUUUUUAUUAAAUCAGGGGCCUUUAUGAAUUCAGGUCUGUGUAAUAAAAUGUGUAAAUAUAUGAAUAUAUAUGAGCAGUUCCUGUCUAAAUUAUGCAUCAUUUUUAUAUUUUUAAUUUAAAAAGACUAUUACUAUGUAUUGGUGCACAAUAUAUGAAGACAUUAAUAAAAUUGUUUUGCACAAAGUUUUAUAAAUGUUAUUUAAUCAAAUUGCAGAAAUACAAAAAAAAAAAUACAUUUUUUGUUUCCAGUUCGUGCUCAAAGGGUUAAACCUCUGGUACAAAUCUGUACUGUAAGAAAACAUUUGUACAAAAGAUGCUACUUUAAAAAUAAGGUAUUCCAUGAUACAAUGUCUUAUUUAUAAGUGCUCUUGGUUGUCAUUUCAUAAAUGUAGAAUGCCUUUUGUAUUGGUAACUCUUUAUUUGUUAUGUUUAAUUGCUCUCCUGUAAUUCCAUAUUCCAGCUUUAUCUUUUAGGGAUGUGAGGUAACCAUGGUUACCGGCUCACUGAUUGACAGUUUGGCGGAAUUUUUGGCAGUUAAUUUGCGGAAGUAACUGACAGAUGACAGCGUAUGAAAAUCUCUGUGUAAAAUAUCAGCAUGUAAACAGCACAGACACUGUCAAAGGCCUCUGCUCUGUUUUUUUUUCUUUUCUUCUGUUGAUGAAAAUGAAGCACCGAUUAUAUGACUUCAUAUAACCUUUUUUUUUCUACUGAAUCAUUAAAAAAACCUUUUUUUUUUGCUAUGA